GAUCAGUCUCCCUUUUAUCUCUGUUUAUCGACCCUCGGAUGGAACUCAAAAAUCUGGUAUAGCGGGAGAGGGAGAUAGUGUUAUCAAGCUCAGCUUGCCUCGGCCUGGCUCAGGGCCUUCAUGCAUGAAAGCUAAGAAGAAUUUCUUCAAUUCUUGAAGCCCUAGCUCGCACGAGCCGCAAUUGUCAUUAGCCGAUGGGUUCUCCUGGUCCCAAUCGUAUCGAUAUCUUCGAGAUUUACAGGAGAUAUUGCGACAUUAGAUCAGGAAACAAAUAUGCCAGCUUGAGGGAUGCAUUAGCAAAACUCUUGAAACAAGUGGAGGAGUCAAGGGUGCAAAAGAGGUUUUCUUCCAGUGACAGGCUAAUUUUUGAGGACCUUUCAAAGCUCAUGUCACGUUUAGACUUGAUGGUAGAUUCUUGUCAAUUUGCACGCUUCUAUGACUUUGUGUUUUUCAUGUGCCGUGAAAAUGGUCAAAAAAACAUAACUGUAAGCAGGGCUAUAGCAGCUUGGCGAUUAGUUUUGGCAGGAAGAUUUCGCUUGCUUAAUCAAUGGUGUGGCUUUGUUGAGAAAAAUCAAAGGCAUAAUAUCUCAGAGGAUACCUGGCAACAAGUUCUAGCAUUUAGUCGGUGUGUACAUGAAGAUCUUGAAGGGUAUGAUCCUAAAGGUGCCUGGCCUGUACUUAUAGAUGAUUUUGUUGAACAUAUGUACAGAGUCACCCGUUCCAAUGCUUGCAGCACUCUGAGUUGUGGCUGUAACUGUGGUGACCCGGAAGCUGAACCAUGCAUAUCUGAUGACUCUCUUCCUGGAUUGAAUGUUUUCUCUGGUUCGAAGAGGAAGUUGCUUAUGGACUUUGAUCAGCCUGAAUUUGAAUCAUCAAAAUCUCCCUGUUGGAAAUCCUCACAUGCAGAGCUUUCAUUGAAUUCUAAGAGAAGUAGAAUUUCUCCAGCUCAUAAACCAGAGUACUGGGAGGAUAAUCCACCUGGUAAUGCUACAGAUGACUACAUGGAAAUAGUUAAGAAUAAUAGCCCGUUGGCAUCCUCAAACAACUCGCCAUGUGCAGUUGAAGGUAGUCUGUCAAAGGGAUUUGCAGGACUCCUAUCAACCAGUUCUUGCUUGCAGUUUGAUCAAAAAAGGAGGGUCUCUUUCACAUAAUAAUGGCCACCAUAAUACGACUACUAAAAACCGAAGAAAAGAAUAUCUUGUUGCGAGUGGAAUUAAUCGAAGUCUCCAGUUUACUACCUGAUUUUGUGUUAUUUUGGUCAUUGGAAGCUCUUUGAUUUUUGAUUCAUCGAUGCUUGUUUUUGUAUUCUACUGUUAUAAAUCAUAAAUCAAUGACAUCGUUUAAUUUGUUUGCGGAAAAGUA